AUGGAGACGCCGCCGCCUUUCCAGGAGUCCGCCCACUGCGACGUCUGCCGCUGUACCUUCAGCACCUUCCGCCGCCGUCAUCACUGCCGCAGCUGCGGACGGACGCUGUGUCACGAGCAUUCUUCGUACCACAUGGCUCUCCCGCAGUAUGGGAUAUAUACCGACGUCAGAGUCUGCUACGAUUGCUUCAACAAAUCCUCGAGCCAAGGACGCGCUGGUAAUUCGGUGUCGUCUGGUAGCAUUUCUGGAGCAGCUGACUCUUUUUCAGGGCUGAGGUUGGGUAAAGAGGAUGCUUUGUCGCCUAUGAGGAAUUCAACAGUUCAGAGCACGGCACCCCUUAUUGAGUGCAAAUGUGGGAUGCCUUUGUGUAUAUGUGAAGCACCAAAACCAGAACCUGCACCUGUAAAGAAUAUCAGCACCGUUCCCUCAACCACACAGUCUAAUCCAAGGCCAAAGAAGCCUGCUAACACCCAACAGAAGGCUUCAGCUACUUCCAGUAGCAACUCAAGCCCAUUCUUAAAUAUUGGAUUGAUGAGCAACGAUAGCAAUGAUAAGGGUCUUUCUGACUAUGAAGUUAGUGGGGAGGGACUGAGAGAAGCAAUUAAAGGUGGAGAUGUUAAGGGUGUAAAGAAACUUCUUACACAGGGAGUGGAUUCUAACUACUGCGACAAACAAGGAUUUACUUUGCUACAUUUGGCUGCAUUGUUUAACCAGACUGAGAUUGCUCUUAUUCUCAUGGACCAUGGCGCAAAUGUUGAAAGCAAAAAUGGGCAAGGGGAAACUCCUUUAGACUGCGCUCCAGCAAUGCUGCAGUACAAGAUGCGACAACAGAUGGAAGAACUCGCAGCUUCGAGGAGACCACUAGAGUGA